CGUGUGUCUGGCUGGGUGUCCGUGUGCAAGUCUCGAUGGACCAUUUAACUAAUCUGAACUCUUAAUCCACAAUCCACAAUCCACAGGGCACGGCAGGAUAGGACGAUAUGAUCCCCGUCGUCCGGAUAUAACCUAAGUGCUCCGCCCAUCUUUCUUUACUCUUUUUCCCUUUCUUCAUCUUCUCCAUACCCUCGCAACCACAGCAGUCCCAAACAACCUGCUGCCAAAACCUACUCUUCGACCAAACCCCCUACAUACGAUGCACUUCGACUCACAUUCACCAUCAUCCGUGUACUCGUCGCCCUCGUGCUACUUUUCCAUCGUUCCGUCGCCGUCCGACCAUUUCUCAGUAGAGACCCCAAGCAACUCACCUCAACCUCUACCCGUCUACUCUGCAGAUACGCUCUCGUACCCUUCCAAUCCUCUCCUGGCCUUCCGGCCACCACCUUACAAUCUCCCCGAGGUGCCCAAUACCAUGGACGGAUCCAAACUCCUCCAACUCCAGACCUCCGCAGCCCAUCGCCCGGACCCAAAGCCUCUCCAGCGCCGUCCCUCCCCGUCAGCAAGUGACUCGUCAACUGGAACUUCUGGAAAUUCCUCUCCGGCCCCGAGUUCCACGAUGUCUGCCCCAUCAUUACAACAGCUUACGUGCGUCCGAUGCCGCCGCACAACCACCAGUUCCAUGAUCAACGUCGGGACCUCUCUCUACUACUGCAGCCAUUGCGCCCAGAUGGUCGGCUAUGGCAGUGGCUGAAUAUUCCUUUACCUCAGUUCUCUCCUAUCAUGAGCCGAUAAAACGAUUCUAUGAAGGAGAAUUGGCAUACACAAUUCCAAACACCCCAGGCUGCAUAACUGCAACAACAAUCGCUAGCCUUCUC